AUGACAAAAGAAAAUCUCUCUCCACCUGCAACACCACCCACACAUAGCCCUGUUCCGUAUAGAUUGAACCUCCAACACCAAUUGCUAUCGUCAACGACAACAAAAGUACAAGACACUGGAGAAAAUCAAGAUCAUCUAGCCAACCUGAAAAACUCCUUUCACCUCCUCACAGCGACACAAAAGCAAUACUUUUUGUUUGAUAUCAUAAACAGUUGCGACAACUCACAGCUCACUUUUCUAAAUAGCAUCAUUGCACCUCGUCUUAAAGUCGACUUUCUCAAAGAGCUACCGCCAGAGAUUGCCUUGUCAAUUUUAUCUUACAUCACCGUGCCUUCUACAUUGGCUCGUGCAGCUUGUGUCUCUAAACACUGGAGCGCUUUGAUACGUGACGAAACCCUCUGGAAAUCCCUCUGCAAAACACACAACUACAAAUCACCCAACAAAGAUGGAUUCUGUUAUCGAGAGUAUUUCAAGCGCAAAUACAGUAUUGCAUCCGCCUGGCACACAGGUGGUAAAGUGACCACAGUAGACAAUGGCUUCUCACAAGGUCUGGUGACUUCACUGCAAUUCGACGAAAAAUUCACUGUAGUUGGAUGCGACAACCAUCGUAUUGAAGUGUUUGAUACCAAUUCUGGUAAAAAAGUUCGUACAUUGGAAGGCCACGAAGGUGGAGUUUGGGCAUUGCAAUUUAAAGGAGGCGAUGAGCAAGAUCCUGAGAGAAUAUUGCUUUCCGGCGGCUGUGAUAGGGAUGUACGAGUUUGGGAUCUAAAUCGUGGUAAAUUGAAAUAUGUCCUCCGUGGUCACUCAUCGACUGUCAGAUGUUUGAAAAUAAGAGAUAAACGGCUUGCUGUAACUGGCUCACGCGACACAACAUUGCGAGUUUGGGAUAUCAAAAGAGGCCAAUUACUACAUAUCCUUAGCGGCCAUCAAGCAUCUGUGAGGUGUGUCGACAUUCAUGGUGAUAUCGCUGUAUCAGGUUCCUAUGACUCCACUGCAAGAAUCUGGGAUUUGAGCACUGGUGCCUGUAAAUAUAUACUCAUCGGUCAUGUAUCUCAGAUCUAUACCAUUGUGACUAAUGGUACAAUCAUUGCCACUGGAUCAAUGGAUGCUCAUAUUCGAAUUUGGUCUGUUGAAACUGGUGAAUGCUUAUCCACAUUGCAUGGACAUACCUCGCUUGUGGGGCAGCUACAGUUAUCUGGAAAUACUCUUGUGAGUGGAGGCGCUGAUGGCUGUUUGCGAGUCUGGGAUAUGGAAACAUUUGAAUGCACACAGCAAUUUUCAGCACACGACAAUUCAAUCACCUGCCUACAGUUCGACGAUGACCGUAUCUUGAGUGCAGCAAACGACGGCAAAGUCAAGCUUUGGGACAUCAAACGUGGAAGACUUUUACGAAACUUUACACAGCCAUCAAAGAUUGUCUGGAAGAUACAGUUUAACAACACCAAAGCGGUUGUAUUGAUGCAGAGACCAAGGUCAGACGGAUCAGAUGAAGGCAAAACUGUAAUGGAAAUACACGAUUUUGAUUUAUCCGCAACUUCACCCAUAGAGGAAUUGUAA